AUGCCGGGGAAGAACUAUUUAACUAAGAAAGCCCUACAACAUAGGUGCAGAGAAGCGGGACUCUCGACAUCGGGAACUCGUGAGGACAUGCUAAGGAGAUUGAACUCUCAAAACAGCGACGAUGUGUACAUAAGUGCAGAAAACCAGUCGCUUCAAAAGAAGAUUGUCGAGCUGGAGAAAACGGUACGAGAGCUUCAGGAGCGUUCUUUUCACCCUUCAGUAAUUUCAUCACCAAUCGAAAAAGCUGCAACAGUAAACGAAGAUCAGCCAGCCAACGGUAGCGAGACAACGAGUGAUAAACUUGACGAAAAACGGCAACAACAACCAAUCGACCUACGAUCCAACGAGAUGCAUGUGCAGAAGGUAACGAAUUUGCCAAAUAUAGAUGUGGCAACGUCUCAGCCACAGCUAAACGAAAUCUACCCACCUCAACGACACAACAUGCACUUUGCUACGUCACAGCAAAGCGAUGUAUACCCAACUCAACCACGCAACAUGCAAUUUGCUACGUCACAGCAAAACGAUGUAUACCCAACUCAACCACACAACAUGCACUUUGCUACGUCACAGCGAAAUGUUAUCUACCCGACUCAGACUCACAACGUGCACUUUUCUACGUCACAGAAAUUCACAGACUGUGCUACCUCACAGCCAAACGUAAACAAUCCUGUCACUUACUCAAACUUUGGAAAUUUUGUAACUUCGGGAAACGACUUUAAUCAAGGCAGUACAUUUCCACGACAUCAACCAAUGUAUAACGAGUAUCCAUAUGCUCGUGCUAGCCACUUGGAUAACAGGAUCCCUGCUGGGAACGAACAUUUCAAUCACGCCUAUGGAAACUUUAAAAUGUCAAAAACGAAUAGAGAUUCCACCGAGUUACCAUCAGAUUAUUUCUACAAGAUGCUCGCUUUGGGUAAAAAGGAAAUCUCCAAAUCGAUUUCGGUGAACGGUAAUGAAACCAUCGCAUUCGUAGAUCCAGGCAGUACGCGAACCCUAAUUCGAAAGUCAUUCGCCGAAAGCGUAGGUGUUCUACAACGAUGUGCUGUUACCCUGAACGGAUUUGGUGACUCCCCUUAUGCAUCUGGAAUUGUCGUCGUUGAAAAACAGAAUGGUGAACAUCGUCUUUGCGUCGACUACCGACGUCUCAACAGUAUAACCGUCAAAAUACCAUUUCCAAUGCCAAAUCUGGAGGAGCAAUUUGCCCAAUUAGCCGGGAAUACCUAUUUUUCUCAGCUGGACUUGCGUAUGGGAUAUCAUCAAAUCGAGGUUUGCGAAUCAUCCAAACAAUUCACCGCAUUUGUAACUUCAGACGGCCACUACGAAUAUAACAGGAUGCCGUUCGGUCUUGUCAAUGCUCCAGCAGUAUUUCAAGCGGUCAUGAACAAAAUAGUCAAACGUAUGGAGCCAGUUUUGGUUCUGUACGACUUUGCUGCACAUCAUGAGGUACACACAGAUGCUUGUGCGAUCGGACUAGCAGGAGUCUUACUGCAAUCUCAAGACAAAACGAAUUGGCGACCCGUGUGUUACUUCAGUAGGCACUGUACUGACGCUGAAAGUCGAUACCAUAGCUACGAACUCGAAACGUUGGCCGUCGUAGAAACGCUACAAAGGUUCAGGGUGUAUAUUCUAGGAAAACCCUUCCGACUCGUCACAGAUUGUUCCGCCAUCGCCAAGGUAAAGCUUAAUAAAGAAUUGAGUCGCACGUUGGUGGAUUAA